CGGCGCGGCCCGGGCGGCGGCUGUGGCGGCGCGGCGAGCGGCGGGGCGAGCGCCAGGCGCCCAAGCAGCGCGAGCGGCCGAGCGGGCGGCGGAGCGAGCGGCGGCCCGGCCCCGGCGCGCGGAGGGCGGCGGAGGUGAGGUGGCGGCGCGACCGGGGUGGCUGCCGCCGGGCUCGGGGCUGCAGGUGCGGCCCGGAGCCAUGGUGAUCAUGUCGGGGCCGAGCGGGGCCCCCGCGGGCUCGGGCCAGGGCCAGCAGAAGCCCCUCCGGGUGGGCUUUUACGACAUCGAGCGGACCCUGGGCAAGGGCAAUUUCGCAGUGGUGAAGCUGGCCCGGCAUCGAGUCACUAAAACCCAGGUUGCAAUAAAAAUAAUCGAUAAAACACGAUUAGAUUCAAGCAAUUUGGAGAAAAUAUAUCGUGAGGUUCAGAUCAUGAAGCUUCUGAAUCAUCCUCAUAUCAUAAAGCUCUACCAGGUUAUGGAGACAAAGGACAUGCUUUACAUUGUUACUGAAUUUGCAAAAAACGGAGAAAUGUUUGAUUAUUUGACAUCGCACGGGCACCUCAGCGAGAGUGAAGCCCGGGAGAAGUUCUGGCAGAUCCUGUCGGCUGUGGAGUACUGCCACAGCCACCACAUAGUCCACCGGGACCUCAAGACCGAGAACCUGCUGCUGGACGGCAACAUGGACAUCAAGCUGGCAGAUUUUGGAUUUGGGAACUUCUACAAGUCAGGAGAGCCCCUGUCCACGUGGUGCGGCAGCCCCCCGUACGCAGCCCCGGAAGUCUUCGAGGGGAAGGAGUAUGAAGGCCCCCAGCUGGACAUCUGGAGCCUCGGUGUCGUGCUGUACGUCCUUGUCUGCGGGUCUCUCCCCUUUGAUGGACCUAGCCUGCCGGCUCUGCGGCAGCGGGUGCUGGAGGGCCGGUUCCGCAUCCCCUUCUUCAUGUCUCGAGACUGUGAGACGCUGAUCCGCCGCAUGCUGGCCGUGGACCCCGCCAAGCGCAUCAGCAUCGCGCAGAUCAGGCAGCACAGGUGGGUGCGGGCCGGCCCCACCCCGCCGCAGCCUGCCUGCCCGGCCUUCUCCACGCUCAGCUACAGCUCCAACCUCGGCGACUAUGACGAGCAGGUGCUGGGUAUCAUGCAGACCCUCGGCGUCGACCGGCAGAGGACUGUGGAGUCCCUGCAGAACAGCAGCUACAAUCACUUUGCAGCCAUUUAUUACCUCCUCCUUGAGAGGCUGCAGGAGUAUCGCCACUCUCAGCCUCUGGCCCGCCCUGGCCUGGCCUGGCAGCCGAGACCCAAGAGCUGCGAUCUCAGCGGUUUUGAGGUGCCUCAGGAAUGCCUCUCUGGUGACGUGUUCCGGUCCUCCCUGCUGGGCCCACAGCCCCAAAUCUUGGGGCCAUCCCUCCUGCAGGCUGACUUGGACUGUGACCUCCACAGCUCGCUGCAGCCCUUGCUCUUUGCUGUGGACACCGGCUGCGGAGUGUUCCGGCAUCGGUCCGUCUCCCCCAGCAGCUUGUUAGACACGGCAAUCAGCGAGGAGGCCAGGCAGAGUCAGGGCCUGGAGGAGGAGCAGGAGGCACAGAAGCCCCUGUCUGGCAGCACGGGCCGGAGGCACACGCUGGCUGAGGUCUCUACCUGCUUCCCCUGUGCCCCUCCGAGUAUAGUCAUCUCCUCCACAGCGAGCCCUUCGGAAGGCACCAGCUCCGACAGCUGUCUGACCUCGACAGGUGACAGCCUGGUGGAGCUCAGUGGACGGCUGGCUGCUCAGGGGCUGGUGGGCACCUGCUCCCCGCUCAGCCUGGCCUCUCCGCUCCUGGGAACUCAGUCGGCCACCCCAGUGCUACAGGCUCAGCAAGCCCUGGGGGGAGCCGCUCUGCUCCCUGUCACCUUCCAGGAAGGCCGGAGGGCUUCAGAUACCUCGCUCACUCAAGGGCUGAAGGCCUUUCGGCAGCAGCUGAGGAAGAGCACGAGGACCAAAGGGUUCCUGGGCCUGAACAAGAUCAAGGGGCUGGCCCGCCAGGUGUGCCAGCCCUCCUCCUCCAGCCGGGCCACAAGGGGUGGCCUUAGCGCCUUCCAGCUGCCCGCCCAGAGCCCGGGCCCGCACGGCAGCGGGGCUGGCAGCAGGGAGGGCCGGGGCCUGCUGGAAGAGGUGCUGCACCAGCAGAGGCUGCUCCAGCUCCAGCACCACCCCGCAGCCCUGCCCAGCUGCCUGCAGGCCCCCCAGCUGCCCGUGGCCCCUCUGGUCCUCGCCCCCUGCGGGGGCGCCCUCCUCAUGUCGGGACUUCAGAAGCAGCUAGGCCUGGAACCUGGCCCACUACUGCCGCCCCACCUCCUCCAGGCGGGGGUCUCCCCGGUGGCCUCAGCAGCCCAGCUUCUGGACACCCACCUGCGCAUCAGUGCCACCACAGCCCCCCUCUCUGCCCCUGCAGCCCCACAGCUGCACUUUGCCAUGCUGCCCCCGAGCUUUGACCCCUUGGGGCUGCCGCAGGGGGACUGUGAGAUGGAGGACCUGACCUCCAGCCAGCUGGGCACGUUCGUCCUGGUGCAGUGAGGACAGGACUGUGGCCCUGCCACCGCCUUCUGGCACCGGCCAGCUGACUCUUCGAAGCAAUAAUUUCAGAGUAUGUGAAGACAUUUCUGGACUCAAAGCCAAUCACUUUCUAGAAGAAAAACAAGCAAUAUGUUUGGUGUUUUGGCUUUUUAGUUUAUUUUUGUUUUAUUUUUUCUUUGCACUGAGCAACUACAACUAUGAGUAAGGAUCAGAAACUUAUUGAAGAAAAAUACUCAUUGAGGGGUGGGCGGAUGGGAAGGAAGACAGCUCCAGGGCCACAGCCAGGGUCAGGAGUGGCGGGCGGCGGGGGGACAGCAGCCCCCUUGUCCACGGUGCAUCCGGGGCACAGCAGGGAUCGCCUCUAAGGAACCAGCCUUGGCUGUGGGAAAACGGGUGGGCAUGUGUCUGCGUGGCUGUGUUUGUUCUUAGCUAUGGAGUCUCCACUUCUGAAACAUUUAUGCUUCAAAUGGAAACUGUGAACUUUCUGCUUUAUGUAUCAGUUUUUAGAAAGCUCUGAUGACCAGCCCAGGAGAAGAUAAUCUUGGAAUUAUCUCCCCUGACGUCAGAACCUGGGGCUCAUUUUUCUUAUUUUGGAUGAGGAGUUUUGUAAACGGCUUGAGAAUCGGUUUUCUAGGUUUCUUUGCAGGAGGUGCAGGGAGGAAUGUAACGGGGUAGGUGGCCCUUGGUUGGCCUCUGUCCCGGGUCACCUAAUACAGAGCCCUGGGGCACCUUUGAGGUCCUGGAGAAGUUUCUCCCUGCUGCACAUCUUAUUUCUGCUGCUAAUUAAGUUUUUAUGCAUUUCAUUAUCAGGGUCCAAAAAGAACAACUCAUGGGGGUAAGGGGGUGCAAUACGGCAAGGUAUGGUUGUCCGUCAGGAAUGGGCGGAAAACGGGGUCAGGGGUGGGGGCCCUGCCUACCCGGCAGGUGUGAUGGAUGGGCUGCCCGCCUCACCCAGGCUGUGCUUGUCAGGCCUUUGUUCAAGACAGUGAAAUGAGAGGUCAGGUCAGUGUUCCAGCUUUGUUUCUCUUUUAAAGCAAAUACUGUAUAUGUAUAUAAAUAGGAGACAAAUACACACUACUUAUUUUUAUAUUUUUUACUACACUUCUGUGUUCCUGUUUUAAGUUUCCCUCUCUGGUAACAGAAAGCGUGAGAGCCAGGUCCGCGAGGAGGGGGAGACAGGGUGCGUCCUUGCCUGGCGGUGGGCUAGGGCGGCGGCUCUGAGGGUGAAUGGAUGGCUGCCUCGCACCCGCACCGGGCAGUUGGUGCCCUUCUCCACCAGGUGCCUUCGACUCACUCGGCCCUCACACCCAGCAGUAUUAAGCAGAGGCAGUGGUGGCAGAAGGUGGCGUUAAGAGGCCGGAGGCCACCCGCCUUCCUGGAGGGCACAAGGCUGGCAGGGUGCAUGGAGGCCCCUACCCUCGCCCAGCCCAGCUCUGCCCGCCUGCCCUGUCCUCCGGCCACCGCUGCUCUGUGGCUGUCCCAGGACUGGGCCGAGAACUGUCCUCAUGCCUGACCGCAGAGGAAUCACCAAAGCCUCCUGCGGUCCUGCCAAGAUAGGGGAGAAUCAGCGUCCUGGGCAACCCCGGCCUUUCCUUCAUCUCUGUGGGGGUUGCACAGCUGACCCCACACUAAACCGUGUCCCCCUUUUAAAUGAACUUCUGUCCUGACGCCACAGAUCAAAGGCCUCAGAACUGUGACAAGCACUUUACUGCGUGAGGCUUCCUUGUUGCUGUGAGGCGUGUUUUGUGUCUUUGUAGGGGUGUGAUGUGUGUUCUGGAAGCUUCCUGACUGUGCUCCAGGGCUGCAGCAGCCUGUUCGAGGGCCUCGCAGUUGGUCAUGGUAGAUAUAAUUGGGGUUUUGUUUUUACCAUAACUGAAUUAUUUCUUAUGUUAUCAUGAGAAAUGUAUGCCAAAUGAUUAGUAGAUAUAUGUUUUUUAAUUUAAUAUUUAAAUAAAAUAUCUGAGGGAAGAAAACUUUGACUCCCUCCCUUG